UGAUCAGGGUGCGAAAACUACACUUUCGGCCAUUAACGUGUAAACUGAUACCACGACAGACUCUAUAGAAAUUCGAACACAAUCAACUGAUGAAAUUCAGUACUGUACGAACGUGUGAAGGUCAGCGUGAAACGUAAUCGAAUAAUUAAAAAAGCUCUAAAGAUUGAGAAUUUCGGUCUGAUAAAGUUGACCAGCUAUAACAAGUGACAUCGUGAAAGAAAGUCAAAGAUGAAACGUAUGACGAUCGAUGAAAAAGAGUUGGCGAUUGUGUUUCACUUGAGGGGUUACAAAAAAUCCCGCAUUGCUAAACAGAUCGGUUUCCCGCGAAACAUAAUUUCAUCCAUGAUUAAAGCUUGGAAAAAAGAAAAACGUCGUCGGCAACGGCGACGCCCAAAGUUAUCAGCACAGCAGGUGUUGAACGUUCACAAUUAUUUUAUUAAAAAUCCAUUUGGCACGUACGACCGAUGUAUCCAGCGUUUAGAGCUGCCCGUCAAAAAGGGCACUGUCAGAAGAGUGUUGACGAAAAGAGGAGUACGCUAUUACACUGACAGUCAGGAACAUUUCUUGGAGAUGCAAAAUCGGAUCAAGCGCUCGAGAUUCGCCUUAAAAUAUCAACAUUGGACUGGACAUGAUUGGUUGAAAGUGAGCUUUUUGGGCGAAUGUACUGUGCAACAGCAGCCAUAUUUCAGUGGAAUCAUUUUGGUGAAGCGACAACUUGACGAACGACGAAGUUCGCAGAAGAUUACUACAAACGAACAGCGAGUUCAAGUCAAUUUGGUUGUGGUUGCCUCCCACAAUGGACCCAACAUACUGUACGCUGUGAGUGACAACUUCCAAGCCAAGCAUUUCAAACAGCUGAUUAAGCGUAGAGUGAAGGAUGUCAUCGGAAGCAAAUUUCUUUCGAUGGACAACACUGAGCUUCAUUCGAAAGGCAUUGAGUAUUUGACGCAGUCCGGAAUUAAGGUUUUGGAUUUCCCAUCCGAUUUAGAUAUAGUUGCGGAUGUCGGAACUAUGCUACAAAGAAAAAUUAACCUGAAACGGCAAGCUUCGACAGUAUCAACCAGAGACGAACUUUUGAAGAUAAUCGAUGAAAGUUGGAGAGAAAUUCCGGACGGGUUUGUCAAGAACUGUAUUCUAUCGAUGCCACAAAGAUUGAAGGAUGUAAUAAAAAAUGAAGGAGGACUAUACUGAAACGGAAUAUGUCGAUCGCGUUCAAGUGAAUGAUUGUAUCCACUCGGGACGUUCCUGGCAAUCUUGUUUCGCUCAUUAAUGUUUAAAAAAAAUCAUUUUCUUUUGUCGUAUUAUUUGACUUUGAAUAGCUUCACUCAAGUUAAUUUUGAUUAUUUUUUUUUGUUUCUAUUUACCUUUUCGUUAUCUAAAAAUGUAUAUAUUUGAUUUCAAGACUGGAAAUGAAUUUAUUGGCACAACGGACAUGCCGUCGAUUUGUUUCAAU